CCCGAGACACCAAGAAAUCAUCUUGACACACUCCUUCAUCAUGCAGCUUUUUAUUCCUUUUCUUCUAGGCCUGAGCUGGCUCGCCAACGCUGCCUACAUUCCUGCCUGAGCACCAACAGCACUGAGAUUGCAUCUCGUGAUGUUGGCGGGUACCGCUCGGUGGCAUACUAUGUGAACUGGGCCAUCUACGGUCGUAACUUCCAACCCCAGGACCUUCCCGUCGAGCGACUGACCCAUGUGCUCUACGCAUUUGCCAACAUCCGCGCCGGCACAGGCGAGGUUUACCUGUCGGACACCUGGGCUGACACUGACAAGCAUUACCCCACUGAUUCCUGGAAUGAUUCUGGAAACAAUGUCUAUGGCUGUGUCAAGCAGCUAUUCCUACUCAAGAAGAACAACAAGAACCUCAAGGUGCUUCUGUCGAUUGGAGGCUGGACCUAUUCCCCCAGCUUUGUCUCUGCUUUUGACACUGAGGGUGGACGGCAGAAGUUCGCUGAUUCUGCCGUUGACCUGCUGAAGAACCUUGGCUUCGACGGUAUUGAUGUUGACUAUGAGUACCCUGCUACUGACGACCAGGCGGACAAGUUUGUCGAUGCACUCCGACGACUUCGUGAGGCUUUGGAUUCCUACAGCUCGGCCAACGCCGGAGGCUAUCAUUUCCUGCUUACUGCCGCAUCCCCCGCUGGCCCAGCCAAAUACCGCCAGGAACGUCUGAAGGAGAUGGACCAGUAUCUCGAUUUCUGGAACCUCAUGGCUUACGACUACUGCGGUAGCUGGGACACAGUUGCCGGCCACAAUGCCAACCUCCACGCGUCCACCGACAGCCCAUCCAGCACCCCAUUUAACACGGACCAAGCAGUCGACUACUACACCUCGGAAGGUGUAGCCGCCAACAAGAUCGUGCUGGGCAUGCCACUGUACGGCCGAGCCUUUACCAGCACUGACGGCCCCGGAAAGCCCUACAAUGGUGUUGGAGAAGGCACAUGGGAGAACGGCGUGUGGGACUACAAGGGCCUUCCACUGACCGAUUGCACGGUGACAGUCUUGGAUCAAGUAGGUGCAAGCUACUGCUACAACCAAGGAAGCCGACUGUUUAUCAGCUACGACACACCCGAUAUUGCACACAUGAAGGCGCAGUACAUCCAGUCCCGCGGCCUGGGCGGUGGAAUGUGGUGGGAGAGCAGCUCUGACAAGACUGGCGGGGACAGUCUGAUUACAACUGUUGUUGAUACCCUUGGAGGUGUCGGCGCUUUGGAGCAGAGCAGCAACCAGCUGCAGUACCCUGACUCCAAGUACAUUAACUUGAAGAACGGCUUCCCUUAG